AUGUUGUUUAGCAGCAAGAAGGAGAAGCGCGAGCUGCGCACUUUCGAGGAUCUCACACGAUUUCCGAUGGCCUUCUACAAGACCAUCGGCGAGGAUCUGUACUCGGAGCGGGACAAGAAUCUCGUGCGACGGUAUCUGCUGCGCUUCUAUCUGGUGAUGGGUUUCCUCAACUUCAAUGCCUAUGUGGUGGGUGAGAUUGCCUACUUCAUAGUGCACAUCACAUCGACGACGACGCUGCUGGAGGCCACCGCUGUGGCGCCCUGCAUCGGCUUCAGUUUCAUGGCCGAUUUCAAGCAGUUCGGCCUGACGGUGAAUCGCGGCCGAUUGGUCCAGCUGCUGGACGAUCUGAAGGCGAUAUUUCCCACCACACCGGAAACGCAGAAGGCGUACAACGUGCAGUACUAUCAACGGCACAUGAAUCAGGUGAUGACACUCUUUACCAUCCUGUGCAUGACAUACACCUCGUCGUUCAGCUUCUAUCCGGCCAUCAAGUCGACCAUUAAGUACUACUUUCUGGGCUCGGAGAUCUUUGAGCGCAACUACGGCUUUCACAUCUACUUCCCGUACGAUGCGGAAACGGAUCUCACCGUUUACUGGUUCUCCUACUGGGGCCUCGCACACUGCGCCUACGUGGCUGGAGUGUCCUACGUCUGUGUGGAUCUGCUGCUCAUCACGACCAUCACACAGCUGACGAUGCACUUUAGCUACAUGGCCGACACCCUGGAGGCCUACGACGGCGAUGAGCACACGGAGGAGGAGAAUGUCAAGUAUCUGCAGGAUCUGGUGGUCUACCAUGCCCGAGCUCUAGAUCUCAGCGAGGAGGUGAACAGCAUCUUCAGCUUCACCAUUUUGUGGAACUUCAUUGCGGCCUCUUUGGUGAUUUGCUUUGCUGGCUUUCAGAUCACAGCCUCCAAUGUGGAGGAUAUCGUGCUCUACUUUAUCUUCUUUUCGGCCUCGCUGGUGCAGGUCUUUGUCGUGUGCUACUAUGGCGAUGAAAUGAUCUCUUCGAGUUCACGCAUUGGUCAUGCUGCCUUCAAUCAGAACUGGCUGCCCUGCAGCACUCAAUACAAGAUGAUUCUGAAGUAUAUUAUUAUGCGCAGUCAGAAGCCCGCCUCCAUACGACCACCGACCUUUCCGCCCAUCUCAUUCAACACCUUCAUGAAGGUUAUCAGCAUGUCGUAUCAGUUCUUUGCUCUACUCCGCACAACCUACUACGGCUAG